AUGAAUAACCAAUCGCUGCAACAACAAAAUGAAAAUGUCAACACCCCCUUGAGUCCGGAAUUUCUGAACGGGUUCAUUCGUGGAGCAGAGAUGAUGAGGAAUUAUCUGCAGACGGUGUCGUCCCUGAUGCCUCCACAGCGUCAGGUGGCUCCAUUAGUCCCAACGACAGGAUUACCGUAUUCUAUGGCAUCUGCAACUUCUCAAGCACCGCCCAUCACCAACUUGAAUUCUGCUGAUCAAUCGAAAAUCACCCGAUCAAUCGAUAAUCGGGAUGAGAAAAAAUUGUUGUCAAGCCCCAAGGAAAUGGACUCCAGCUCUCCUCGGACAACAAAACUGAAGUCGUGCUCUCACUGCAAAGUCACCGAAUCGUGUUGCUGGAGAAAAGUUCGAUCGGACGCUGGAAUGAUGUGUAAUGCGUGUUUUAUCUACGAACGGAAGUAUAAGAAGAGUCGACCAUUGAGCGCUAUCAAGAAACAUAAUGCAAUGACGGAGCAUAAUUGA